CGCUCGAAUCGUUCGAAUUCGCCACUAUUCGCCAGUCGCCCGUAGGCCGUAGCAGUCGUAGUCGUAGCAUGCGCGUGUAGCAAUUUAAAGAUGGCGUCGCCCUGGUCGCGCAUACCGUGGACCCGGUGGACUUCCUUGGCGAAAGCGAGCAGCUCGAGGUGCGUGUCGCGACUCGCGACUCUCGUGUUCGCCGAACGGUACGCUGGAACUAGGACGUUCCAUUCGUAUCAGCAACAGCAGCAACAGCAACGGCAGCAGCAAUGCGGACAAGGAUUCGGAUUCGAAGGCGGUGGAGCGAGGAAGCUCCUAACCUGUACCGCGUUCGUCUCGGCGGCGGGUCUUGGCUAUGCCUUGUACAACUGGAGGGAUGACGUCCGCCAGGGAAUCGAAGGUCUAAACCGUUCUGUUGUUCACGCUCUCCCAUUGCCGCCGUCCGACGGCGGUCAGAACAGGGACAAAUACAAUUUUAUAGCGGACGUGGUGGAGAUAACUGCGUCAGCUGUCGUGUACAUCGAGAUCUGGCAUAACAAUACCAUAGAUUUUUUCACGAAGAAGCCAGUUACUACCAAUGGAUCGGGAUUUAUCGUCAGUCAGGAUGGUUUAAUACUGACAAAUGCUCAUGUCGUAGAAAAUAAUAAGCCUAACACAACAGUGAAGGUACGGCUUUAUGAUGGUAGUACGUAUACUGGAAUAAUAGAAGACAUCGAUUUGAAAACUGAUCUUGCUACUGUGCGAAUAAAUAAGACCAAUCUACCGGUAAUGAAACUCGGUUGUUCGGCCAAUAUCAGACCAGGAGAGUUUGUAGUAGCUAUUGGUUCUCCAUUGACUCUUAGCAACACAAUAACAAGCGGAAUAGUGAGCAGUGUAAAUAGACAAAGUCAAGAGAUUGGUAUAAAUAACCGACGUAUGGGAUACAUUCAAACGGAUGCGGCAAUCAAUUCUGGAAAUUCGGGUGGACCUUUGAUGAAUUUGAACGGAGAGGCGAUAGGUAUAAAUGCAAUGAAAGUAACGGCCGGCAUUUCGUUCGCCAUACCUAUAGACGACGCGAAAGAAUUCUUGAAGAAAGCGGAAUUAAAUAGGAAAAACAAAAACGUAACGCUUAGAGAAGCACCCAGGAGAUACAUAGGCAUCACGAUGUACACUCUGACUCCAGAAUUCUUACAUGGGUUGCAACAUAACAACAGUGAAUAUGUAAACAUUCAGCAUGGAGUUCUUGUGUGGAAAGUAAUACCUGGAUCUCCGGCUUUUUGUGCUGGAUUGGUACCUGGGGAUAUAGUGACGCAUGCUAAUGGCGAACCGAUGCUGGAUUCGAACAGUCUUUAUAAAAUCAUAGAACAACCAGGAACGAUGAAAUUACAAAUUUUAAGAAAAGGGCAAGUUUUAGUUAUACAAGUAAAGCCUGAGAAUAUAUAUUAAUAAAUAAUUUUUGAUUAAAUAAAAAAUUCUGCAAUAUAUAAA